AUGACGUCACCCCUGGGUGACGUCAUCAAGCCGGGCACGUCAGAUGCACUGGGGCUCUUUGGAGAUGAAGACAAUGAGCAAGAGAGUGAAGUGAAUGAGACCGCAGAGGGAGUGGAGCAGAAAGGCCGGUCUCCGUCACCCGUGAAAUGCAAACCGAAGCAAUCGGAAAACCCGGAGGAUGAUAACGAAGCAGGUGACAGCGACACAGAACCCAAACGCGGUGCCGAUGAAACUGAGAGUCAAGACGAUGCAGAUUCAUCCCAACAUUCCAAAGCGACACAAGAACCCCACCCACCGCCUGACGCUGUCGGCGAACAGGACCAGCCAGUUGCAGGACUCCCGGAUGAAUCCACAGAGGACGAAAUGAACACCCAGACGGAUUCUCAGAUCUCCUACAUGGAAGCCGAAGAUUCUUCGAUAACCAAAGAGGAGAAAAUCGAGGAAGAGCCCCUGGCUCCCGAAGUCGAUAAAAGCAAUCAAGAAAACAAAGGGGAAGAAAAAGGGUCGGCCUUUGCCAGCGAGCCGUACGAGAUCAUCCGAGAGCGGGGUGCGGAUGAUCAAAGCGCCCGAGCACCAAAGACAGUACUUUGA